AUGUUAACAGACGGCACGCCAAAAGGGCCAGCAUUCCUCAGCCUGAAUCGAGUUAGCCGACGAGAGCGCGGCUUUAGUCGGGCUGAAUUGAAAAGAUCGUAUUUCCAAAGACUGGACUUGCCCUUCCCCUCCCUAGGGUUGAAUCCAGGACAUCCGGUAGAUGGCCUUCUGAUCGAUCUCGAACGUCUCAAGGCAGAGAGUGAGAUACUUGCGGCUAUCAGUACCGGAGGUACCUCAGUCGGCACAGUCUGCUUUCGGCGUCGUCGAGACAAAGCGACAAAGAACAAAACACCCACGCGCGUCUUGAUGAGGCGAAAUUUUUGUUUUUCAACCAUGUUGUCCCCUUUAGGGACACGUAACCGGAUCUGGCUGAUUACCGAUAGCGAUACGAGGGCUGGGCGUGUUGGGUACAUGUGUGUUGUACACUCGUCACGCGUCACGCUCCGUUACUCCGAAUUAUUCAUGGCAUUGGUCAGCCUGUGUGAGCAAGUUAGGACUGCGUAA